UCCAGAGAGCAAGAUCAUAGUAUGCACAUGAUCAGUGCAUGCUUCCAAUGCUCUGGGCUCCUUUCAACAUAUUCUUUAUUAACCUAGCCUCGAUCUGUCCACUUUUCUUCAGGUAUUUUUGAAUAUCUACUUAGUUUGCAACCGGAAUUCCAAUUGCUUUAAUGGAUUCACAGCAAAACAAUGGAGAAACAGACAGCAAAUGAAACACCGGAAUAAAUGGGUGGCGUUCGGAGAGGAAUAACAAUUUUAAACAAACCUAGGAUAUGUGUUGCCUAAUCUAGAAGUGUGUGUGGUCGUUUUUGGCUCAACUUGGUGGAAACUACACAAGCAUGGUGUGUUAGGACUCCUGUUUCAGCGCUAGUCGUUGUGCAAAAUAAUGCACCUUGCUCCGUUUUUCUGCUUCUAGAAGAUGCGUUCUUGAAACGGUCGAUUAGGAACAUCAUUCAGAAUAAAGUGGAAUCAAAGCGAAUGGAUACGUUUCCAAUGAAUAAGAGAGUGAGAACCACAUUAUAGCGACCACGAGGAGGCUGACCCAAUGUGACUCUCCCCACCCUAGCAACCGGGCCAACUGGUUGCUUACAAAGCCUGACUGGAGUCACUCAGCAUGCCCUGGAUUUGAACUUGCGACUCCAGGUGAAAAAGUGACCCAAUGAGGCGGAAGAGUGCGAGUGCUUUAGCGGAGUUCUGGAACAGAAGUCACCUUGCCCCAGCUCUCCGAGAGCAGAAAUAGAGAGAGACAGACAUCUCUGAUUGUUUGUUGCCAGCAGGGAGACAGGAAGACUGGGAGGCUAUUUUUGGAAAACCAGGGUGUAAGCUGCUGUCUGAGAGUAUUUAAAACUGAGGCUGCAAGAAGAAACCAUAUGGCAGAAAACACAAUAUAGGUCCUUGCAUGUGAUUUACCAUGGCCAAAGUGCUCUGCAGCCUCCUUCUCCUGGGAAGUGCAGUGAUGAUUACCACCGCCUGCCCUAAAUAUUGUGUCUGCCAGAACCUCUCAGAAUCUUUGGGUACACUGUGCCCAUCCAAAGGCCUGCUGUUCGUGCCCCCUGACAUUGACAGAAGAACUGUGGAAUUACGCUUGGGAGGAAACUACAUUAUUAAGAUCACCCAACAGGACUUUACCAACAUGACUGGCCUUGUGGACCUUACAUUGUCACGGAACACCAUAAGCUUCAUCCAGCCCUUCUCAUUUGUGGAUUUGGAAACGUUACGUUCGCUGCACCUGGACAGUAACCGGUUGACAGAGCUGGGCCCAGAUGUUCUACGAGGCUUGGUGAACUUGCAACACCUCAUCCUAAACAACAACCAACUGACCCAUAUCUCCAAAGAAGCUUUUGAUGACCUGCUGCUUACCCUGGAGGACCUAGAUCUCUCCUACAACAACCUGCAGAGUGUGCCCUGGGAGGCCGUCCGGAAAAUGCUCAACCUACACCAGCUGAGUCUAGACCACAACCUCAUUAGCCACAUUGCAGAGGGCACUUUUACUGAUCUUGAAAAGUUGGCACGGUUAGACCUGACAUCAAACCAUCUCCAGAAGCUUCCUCCAGAUCCUAUCUUUGCUCGAUCACAGAGCAACACUCUUCUCAGCACACCCUUUGUCCCAGUCCUGUCUCUUAGCUUUGGUGGAAACCCCCUACAUUGUAACUGUGAGAUUCUCUGGUUGCGUCGUCUAGAGCGGGAGGAUGAUAUGGAAACAUGUGCCUCCCCUCAGAGUCUAAAAGGUCGCUACUUCUGGUAUGUGCGAGAGGAAGAGUUUGUCUGUGAGCCACCAUUAAUUACUCAACACACACAUAAGCUACUGGUCCUAGAGGGUCAGACUGCCAGCUUACGUUGCAAGGCUGUGGGUGACCCCAUGCCUCUCAUACACUGGGUUGCUCCAGAUGACCGACUAAUCAGUAACUCAUCCAGGGCUACAGUCUAUGAAAAUGGCACUUUGGACAUUAUUGUAACCACUUCUAAGGAUUAUGGGACAUUUACUUGCAUUGCAGCAAAUGCAGCUGGAGAAUCGACAGCCUCAAUCGAGCUCUCCAUCAUUCAGCUCCCCCACCUUAGUAAUAGCACUAACCACACAUCCCAGCCCAAAUCCAGACUAUCAGACAUCACCAGCUCCACUAAAACCAGUAAAGGGGAGACACAUGCUCAACCAGAGCAGGUAGUUUCAGUGUCAGAAAUCACAGCAGUCUCUGUUCUGGUCAAGUGGACAGUUAGCAAAGUGGCACCCAAAGUCAAAAUGUACCAGCUCCAGUACAACUGUUCAGAAGAUGACGUCCUGAUUUACAGGAUGAUUCCAGUGACCAGCAAAUCCUUUGUGGUCAACAACCUGAUGCCAGGGAUGCAGUAUGACCUGUGUGUGCUUGCCAUCUGGGAAGACACUGCCACAACACUCACUGCCACCAACAUAGUUGGUUGCGUGCAGUUUGAGAUGCAUGAUGAGUACCCCCGUUGCCAAUCACUACAUAGUCAGUUUCUGGGCGGUACCAUGAUCUUGGUGAUUGGUGGAGUGAUCGUGGCCACCCUCUUGGUCUUUAUUGUCAUUCUUAUGGUUCGCUACAAAGUGAACAGCAGUUUGCAGAUUGCAAAGUUUGUGACAGUGAGCAACACCUACUCCCAGACCAAUGGUAGAACUCAGGCAACUCAGCAACUUAACAACGGUGCUCCAACAUCACAGGCUCCAAAGACCAUAGUGGUGAUGCGGGACGAAGUGGUGGAGUUUAAAUGUGGCUCUUUGCAGAGUAGCAUCUCGUCCUCAUCAUCAUCUUCAGGAGACUCCCUUGGUAGCGAGAAAGUCAAGUCUUAUAACAUGCAUGGCGAGUCCAGCACCUUGCCCAAAAGGUGGAAGCAAACGUCAACCAAGACACGACCAAACCUGGACAACCUACUUGGGGCAUUUGCUUCUCUGGACCUGAGGGCUCCUGCAAGAGAUCCAGGUUGUCCAUCUUCCUCAGGAACUAUGGCAAUUACAAUGAGACCACCCACUGACAAGGAGCCUUUACUAGGCCAUGUUAAUUCCAGACUUGGAAGUCCUGUAAUGCUACCAACAGAGAACAAGCCCAAGCGCAGCCACUCAUUCGACAUGGGCGACUUUGGUGCUUCGCAGUGCCUUCGCAAUGCCCCACGACGCAUCAGUAACAUUUGGACUAAGAGGAGUCUCUCUGUCAAUGGCAUGCUCCUGCAAUGUGACGAGAGUGAAGGGGAAGGUGAUAAAGCAACAUUUGAUAGCUCUGAGUGGGUCAUGGAGAGUACAGUCUGACAUGGAACAAAACACUAGCUCUGCCAAUAAACAAGAACAACAAAAAAUAACAUAUUGUUCAAACAUGCCAGUUGUGAAGGAACUUGUCUUGCUGCAUCAUAUGAUGUCAAGAAGGACACAAACGGCCAUAAUAAAAAGACACCUAAUGACUGUGGCCAUGACUGUGUAAUGCAUGAUUUUCCAUGUAAGUUAUAUUGUCCUUCUGUCCAUUUGAUCACAAAGAUGUUCAAAGGUUUGUGUCUGAGUAAGGCAAGCAGCUGAGGCCAGUGCUGGCCCUGUUUAUUGAGAUUUGGUUGUGAGAAAUCUCUUGUUGCCUUCAAGCAUUAGAGCAGAUAUGCGUAAAUUCCCAAGAACUAGAGAAGCAAGGGGAAUAAAAGUGAGAAUUUAUCUGACUGUGCACUGCAGUUUGCCAAGAGGACUUUCUUCAGCAAAGUGGAUGUGCAUCACAAAGGACCAAGCGUUCACAUGAGAUGGGACAACAGCAGUUGUUCAGCAGAUUAAAUGAAAAAAUAAAUGCAAAUAUAGUGAAUUUUUGUAGGUUGUUUUUAAUCAUUUCUGUUGUUUUCCCCCCAGUUUUAGUGUUGUAACCUAAUGUCACACCAUUUUGUAUGAGCAGACAAAGAAAAUGCCAGAAUGUCUUUCCUGAUCAACACCCUUUAAAGUCGGCAUGAAACGGAAGUUGCUACCAACUUUACUUCCAUAUUGUGACGUAUUUCUGAGUGAAAUGGCAUAUCGAACAAGAGCAAAUGUCAGGUUGGGACAUUAUUUUAUCCAUCGGUUGUUGAUUGGAUUUUGAAAGGUGGGCAUUGUAUACCUGAAUGGAGGCAGAUCUUAAUGCAAGUUUGCAGUCGACACAAACACACACCCCUUCCACUGUGCUGCUUGAGCCAGAACCGGUUACCGGGGAAAUUGAGUUGAGCAGCGAUCUCAUCUAGCUGAUAACAUAACACAAGAGUACAUCAUGGUCUUUGCUCACGACGAGGCUGUAGCUGAAGAGAAACAAGUGAGUACAAGAUCACAAUAUUUCAACAUUUUAAAUCACAAUGCACUUAAUUCAAAGGGAAAACACCUUGUGCUGUACAUCCCAAGAUACCUGCAUUAAAAAAUAUGAAUAAACUCCAGAGGCAUACGAGUC